CUUAACCGCAAAGAGGUUUAAAAAGAUUAAUUCUUAUUGACUGUCAGGUACAGAUAAAACAGCCCAGUGUAAUUACGAGGGAUAUCACUGAUCUUGUUCAUUCAAUAAAAAUUUAUUGAUUAUCUGCUAUGUUCCAGGCAAAGAGCUAGGGCUGGAUUUACAGUGCUUUACAGAACAGAUAUGGGCUGUGUUCUCAAGGAACUUGCUACCAAGAAGGGGAUGAAUCUAUAAUUACAAAUUGUAAUAAAAGAAAUAGAGUAGUGUGCUUAUAACAUUGGAGGUAAAAGAGAACAUAGGAUUCUCCAGAAAGGCAUCUUUGAGGGGGUUAUAUUUAAGUUGACACUUGAAAAAUUAAGAUCCAGCCAUGCAAGAAUGUGAGCAGAGCAUUGCAGGAAGAGAGAAAACAUUGCAAAAUCUCUGGGAUAGAGAAAACUCAGUAUCUUCAGGGAACUGAGGACGACCAGUACAGCUGGAUAAGCGAGAGACGAAUUAGGGGCAUAACGCAGUGAUGAGAGCACGAAAGCCCACCUAAACCAAAGUAAGGUGUUGGAAUUUUAUUCCAAGGGAAAUGGAACUCCAUUGAGUGGCUAUAAACAGAGAAAUGGAUCUCACGUAUGAUUUUGAAAGAUCGCUCUGGUUCUGUCUUUAGGCGGAAACUGCAAGAGUGUUUUUGUGCAGUUCAGAAAGGGAAAAGAGCAGAAAGGCAUGAGGCGCUUCAAAGGAGAAUGUGGAUUAUCACAGCAAGCGAUGAAGCAGAGGCAGGCAGGAGAAAAAUGUUAACUUCACAACCUUAACGAUAGUCAGCCCUGUUUACCUCACAUGGAACCAAGAUGACGAGCACACCUUGAGGUAUUAUCGUCAUGAAAUGACAAUUACAAACCAUGCAUAUUUUUAUGAUAGUGUUUUUCUGUUUAUUAACAUAGACAGUGUAAAAUAGCUUUAUUUCCAUGGGAUUGUUAAUCAAAGAAUCCUUUUACUGUUGAAUUAACACUACAUCAACAUAGUAUACAAAUCUUUAAUGAGAGCCUCUGGCUGGUAUCCAGUGUGAUGCUCAGCAGCGGGAGUCCAUAACAUUAUUGAUUGACCAUCAGUUAACUGCCACCCCAACAGCAUUCUUGAUUAACAAAUAACGAACAAAAUAAAAUCUUAGCUUAGCUAAAAUUUUCACCUCGUCUCCCUGCUAACUCGUGCUGACAGUCUCUUUCUAUGAUCUGCUUUCCCUCUUAUUUUUACACACAGACCAGACUACAGACAGGAAUCAGUGAUGAAAAAUUAUACAGCACUAACAACAUUCAUCCUGGUGGGACUAACAGAUGAUCCAAACCUACAGAUUCUGCUGUUUAUCUUUUUGUUUCUAACCUACUUGUUGAGUGUUGUCAGGAACCUGACCAUCAUCACGCUCACCUUGGUGGAUUCCCACCUUAAAACGCCCAUGUAUUUUUUCCUCUGGAAUUUCUCCAUCUUACAAGUGUCAUUUACAACUGUCUGCAUUCCCAGAUUCCUCUACACAAUGGCAUCUGGGGACAAUACUGUUACCUACAAUGCUUGUGCGGCUCAAUUAUUUUUUGUUGUGACCCUGAGUGUUACUGAGUUUUUUCUCCUGACAGCCAUGUCCUAUGACCGUUACGUGGCCAUCUGCAAACCCCUGCAUUACACGACCAUCAUGAACAACAGAGUCUGCAUCAGGUUCCUUGUUAGUUGUUACGUGUUGUCUCUGAUCAUAGUCCUCCCACCCUACAUCAUGGGCUUUGAGUUUGAGUUUUGUGACUCCAAUGUCAUAGAUCACUUUGGCUGUGAUGCUGCUCCCAUCCUGAAGAUUGCCUGCUCGGACACGGAGUUCAUAGAGCGGGUUGUCUUGGUCCUGGCUGUGUUGACCCUCCUGUUCACCGUGGUGUGUGUAGUUAUGUCCUACACGUACAUCAUCAGGACCAUUCUCAGAUUUCCUUCUGUGCAGCAAAGGAAAAAGGCUUUUUCGACAUGUUCUUCCCACCUAAUUGUGGUUUCUAUCACUUGCAGAAGCUGCAUCUUCAUCUAUAUCAAACCGCAUGCAAAAGAAGGGCUUGCUGUGAACAAGGUGGUGUCAGUGCUUACCACCUCAGUUGCCCCAGCAAUGAACCCCUUCAUUUAUACUCUGAGGAACAAGCAAGUGGUACAAGCUUUCAAAGACAUGAACAAAAGGGUUGCAUCUAUCUCAAAGAACCAGAGGACCACUGAGUACCACACGGAAAAUUAUAAAAGAAUUCUCUAUCUCCAUUUUAUUUUUCCCUAAUGGUAUAUUAGUCAUGGUUUUGUAUAUCACAAUCCUGUUCUGUUAUCCCUUGUGUCCAAUAUUGAUACAUGUAUUAAUUAACCUUUUUAGCUCAGUCUAUUCCCAGACAUACAUGAGAAUAAAUCUGCAGUAAACAUUUAUAACCAUACACCUGUUAUUACUUACAGAGCCAAGAAACGUAGACAGCAUCAACUUACUCUCACAUUGGUGCUCAGCUACCCCUGUUGCACUGAUGAUAUGUCCUGAUCUGAGUCCCAAGUUUUGCAUCACUGAUGAUGAUCUAUGUCUUCAGGAAUGACCCUUAUCAUCCUGUUUGAUAAAACUCAUUGUUCUAUUUCUCACACUUUUCAGGGAGAUUUAAAUGUAGACUAAAAUUUUCCUCUAACUCCAUUUGUUUAAAAGAUUUACAACUUAUUUUUCUAAAGGUCCAAGCUCUUUCUAAAUAGAAUUUCAUAUUCUUAUCAUCUGACGUGUGUCUGUGUUUAUCUGGGUGCAUUUGUUUCAUCUUUUGGAAUGUCAGCUUAACAGGAUUAAGGGGCUAAGAGGACAGAUGAAAUAUAAGUGGCAGCUUAUACUUACAUUCUGUUCUGUUAUCCAAGUUGUUCACUAUAAUAAUUGCUCUAGGUACAAAAAAAAUGAUCCAAUCUCAAUCACAAAGGCUUACAAAAUUAACCAAUGAAUAAAGAAUAAUUUUUCAGUUUGAAGUUUUUGCCUUUUCAAUUUCGCCCGUCUUUCCCACUACCUCUUCUUUCCUCAAUGUUCUAUUGUUUAUCUGACGUUCUAGGAAGACAUACGCUGAACGGGGAGU